AUGGCCGCCACUGCACAACACGCAUCCAAGUUCACACGUUACCUUAACUCCGAAACCGGACCAAAGACGGUUCAUUUCUGGGCUCCAGUUUUAAAAUGGGCUCUUGUUAUCGCUGGUAUUAACGAUUUACAAAGACCGGUGGAGAAGAUUAGUGGUACACAACAAGCUGCUUUGUUCUGCACAGGUGCUAUAUGGACCCGUUGGGCCGGCUUUGUGAUCAAGCCACGUAAUAUGUUGUUGGCCAGUGUCAACUUUUUCUUGGGAGGUGUUGCAUCAUACCAAAUCUACAGAAUUGUGGAUUACAGAAGAGCAGCUGGUGAUUCUCCAGGUCAAGUUUUCAAGUAUAUUGUAAAUGGUAGCACCGAUGCUACUGGAGAGGCUCCUGCUAGAGUUGAACCUGUGGCUGAAAAUUAG